CUGUUAAAGCCCAGCGAAUUCAGUGUUAAUAUUUUUGCAAUUCGUGGCUUUAAAUUAAGAAGAUCAAUGGCUUGAGUUUUAAAAUCUAGUUUUAAUUAAGUCUUGUUUAUAUCUGUAUACCUGUUGUGGUUUUUGUCCUCUCUCCUCUGUUAUUUUUGUUGAUUUAUACGUUAAUUAAAUAAAAUUAAAUAAAAUAUAUAGUAAGUAGGUAAUCGUUAAAAAAUAAAUCUUAUUAUUAUGACAUAUUUUGUUAAAAAUGACGUUAAAGUCGUGAAUCUUUGGUGGUAAAUUUUUAAAAAAGUAUCCGGAAAUGCCUCAAUAAACUCAUAACUGUCCCAUCUCGAACGGGUGUCGUUGUCACGUUCUGUCAAAUUUUCUAAAAAUUCCCGUGAAAAGUCGAGCACACCACACAAAAUGAGCGAAACGCCCGAAGACCUCAACUAUGACUGCAACUACAACAUGUUCCUAGCGAAAACGAUGAUGCCCAACUUGACCAAAACCGACGAAAAACAAAAAGCGGUCCGGUGGAUGAAAAAACUAGCCACGUGCAACCGAUCCAUCGCCGAGAUGAAGCUGAGGAACGAUUUCAUGUACUAUUUGGUCGUGAAUGUGCAGCAGGGCGAGUUGCAACCCCCCUUCACCGAGCUGCCACCUGCCGGACCGUUACCAGAAAUCGCGCACCUUCUGCCGGGGGGCGUGUCCGAGAUAAACGUCGACGAAUGGGGUGAAGGAACGAGCCAGGCCGCCGCGGGCACACGGAAACCCAUGUUGUACGAACAUUCACCGGACGGGGGUGCUUUUUUGGCGGCCCAACCCGUGCCCAGGUGUGGGGCGUUCUGUUACCUCGCGGUGAUCGCGAGGGAUCAGAAAAAAGACUGAGCCAUGGACUGUCGAGUCGCGUUUUACAUUAUCCCGUUGGAAAAUAAAUAAAUGGUUGCUGUGAUGACGUGUCAUUUUUUAUUCAUUCAUAUAAAAGAAAGCAAUGAUUUCAUUUA